GCUCUGGGCUCCGGCGUUCCGUCUCCUCCAGGCCCCCGGCCCCGGCUGCGGAGCUGCCCCUCCGCCCAGCGCAGAAGGAAGCAUGCUGGCCGUCGGCUGCGUGCUGCUGGCUGCCCUGCUGGCCGCGCCCGCGGUCGCGCUGGUCCUCGGGAGCUGCCGCGCGCUGGAGGUGGCAAAUGAUACGGUGACUAGCCUGCCCGGGGCCACCGUCACCCUGAUCUGUCCUGGGAAGGAAGCAGAAGGCAAUGUCACCAUUCAGUGGGUGUACUCGGGCUCGCAACAAAGACGGUGGAUUACCACGGGGAACACACUGCUUCUGCCGGCUGUGCAGUUCAACGACACCGGGAACUAUUUAUGCUUCCUGGAUAACCACCUGGUUGGGACUGUGCCCUUGCUGGUGGAUGUUCCUCCAGAGGAGCCUAAGCUCUCCUGCUUCCGGAAGAACCCUCUUGUAAGUGCUACUUGUGAGUGGCAUCCGAGCAGCACCCCCUCUCCAACCACCAAGGCUGUGCUGUUUGUGAAGAAAAUCAACAAAAGCAACAAGAAGAGUAACUUCCAGUCGCCCUGCCAGUAUUCUCAGAAACUCAAAAGCUUCUCCUGCCAGGUGGAAAUCCUAGAGGGUGACAGAACUUAUUACGUAGUGUCACUGUGUGUCUCCAACAGCGUGGGAAGCAAGUCCAGCAGCAACGUUGCGUUUCAGAGUUUGAACGUGGUGCAGCCUGACCCACCUAUGAAUCUUGUGGUGUCGGCCAUACCUGGAAAGCCUCGCUGGCUCAAUGUCAGCUGGCAAGACCCCAAGUCCUGGGACUCAACUUACUACAUGUUGAUGUUUGAACUUCGAUACCGACCUGUAUGGUCAAAGUCAUUCACAGUGUGGCUGCUCCCGGUGGUCCAGCAUCAAUGCAUCAUCCGUGAUGCCUUGCGAGGAGUGGAGCACGUGGUGCAGCUCCGUGGAAAGGAGGAGUUUGGGAUUGGCCAGUGGAGCGAGUGGUCCCCAGAGGUCACGGGCACUCCUUGGAUAGAGCCCAGGAGCACUCCCACAGGGAACCCCACGCAGGUCCCCGAUGAAGACUACGACAAUGAGGAGAAUCUGUACAGACAUUCUGUAAAAGCGACAAGCAUGCCUGCCUCAGCGCAAGCACCCUCCUCCAUAUCACUGCCCACGUUCCUGGUAGCCGGAGGAAGCCUGAUGUUUGGGUUGCUUCUGUGUGUCUUCAUCGUCGUGAGGCUCAAGAAGACAUGGAAGUCCCAGGCUGGGAAGGAAAGCAAGACGAAUUCUCUCCCGCCAUAUUCCUUGGGACAGCUGAAGCGGAACUUUGUACUGGUUCCUCUCCUUCCCUCAGCAGGGUCCCACAACAGCUCUAGGCCCGACAGCACCUUAAGGCACAGCUGCCUGGGUGUCAGGGACCCACAGAGCCCUUAUGACACCAGCAACAGAGACUUCUUAUUCCCCAGAUAACCAUCUGGAUGGUACCUGGCAGCUGGCAUGGUUUCAGAUCGGCACACAUGCUCCUCACUGCCAUUCCAGUUCACCUGGGUCGGGGGUGGGGGUGGGGGGCUAUAGCUUCCCUUUCCAACAAGAGCCUUGCAGAAGGUUCAGAGUAGGUGAAGAUUGGUUUACUGCAUAUGCUCCUAAGGAAGGGCUUGUGAGGGACACAGGCCACCACAAAGGGACCUGUGACAACUCUGGAUAGAGUUACCUUCUACACACUGAUAGCCUUCAGGAUAGCCCCAAGUAGGGGUGCCAAAAGUUGCACCAAUUUCCUAGCUCUGGCUCACUGCCCCAACCGACCUUGCAGCUUGAACUCUUAAAAUCCCAGUACCUUUGACAUUCUUUUUUCCUGGGCCUCUGAGGCUGAGGAGGAAGCUGGUUCCCACUUUCCUUCUCAUGCCUGGAGAGCCACUGGGAAAGCAGCUAGAAGUCCCGGUUGUGGUGACUGAUAUCUCAAGGCCUGAUGGUUUUAGGCGAAAUGGCAAUUUCUCAUAAGUAUUUUUCAAAUGUGAAUGAUAACCCUAGGCACUGCUGCCUGCAGAAGUUUUAUUUUCUUCUUUGAUCUCAGGACUUCAAGAGGAGCAGGAUGGAAGUAGGCAAGGGCAGGGGUCCACUGUCCCUGUUGUAGUUGAGGGGACACAGCCCCUGAAAACACGUUUUUCUGUUCCCUCCCACCCUCCCAGGGGAGGGAUGGUGUUAGCGAGGACCUCUGCCACGGCAGAGAGUAUAACUACUUUACUCCAGCCUUGCCCAUAUUGGCUUCAACUGGACCUGAGUGAUGUUCAUGUGAAAGGAAAACUGAAUUAGCAAGAAUGCAUUUUCAUUUAGCUGUUUACAAAGCUGUUGCCUGAGCCAGGUGGUGGUGGUGAUGAUGCACACCUUUAAUCCCAGCACUCAAGAGGCAGAGGCAGGCAGAUCUCUGUGAGUUCAAGCCCAGCCUAGUCCACCGAGUUCCAGGACAGGCUCCAAAGCUACACCGAGAAACUCUGUCUGGAAAAACCAACCAACCAACCAAAAAGGAAACUUGCCUCUCUAGCACUCACUGUGUGCUGGCUGGCGUAAGAACCACUGGGGGAGGGGGCGGGCACAGUAACGUUUAGCACAGAAGCCAAGUCAAGUGAAAAUCGAGAAAAAUGACUGUUUUUCUGUAACACAAAAGACUUUGGUUUCGUUCUGUAUCUUGUUUUUUGUCUUAAAAAGUAUAAAAAUAGUCUGUGCUCAGCUUCAGGGAGUGAAUGCUCGCCAGGCUUAGGAAGGGAGGGUGUCCGCUUCCUGUACACCUCACUGGCACGUUGGCCUUCCUCACUUUACAGACUUUUCAGUCCCCAGAGAAGCACUGGACACCUCAGUCGCUUUCCCCUGGGGCUUUGAGAAUUCAGUGGUGUUAGUGGUCUCCAGGGAGGCCACAGAGUGUCAUUAAUCCCCACAUUUACCCAAUCCCAACACUUCCCUAGUAGCUUACUUUUUGGAAAAUGCUACCACCACUGGACAGGAGGUGGAGCUGGAAGCUAUCAGAAGCUAUCCUGCUGUCUGCCCACAGCUCCACGGUGCCCUGUCUUAAGCAGGUGGUUAUUUUCUUUCCAGGCUUUGUAUGUUUCAGAGCCUGUUGCUGUCUUAGAAAAAAGGUUUGUAAGUUGACAAGAAACCAGGCAGGUAUUCAUGGCCUUUUUUUUUUUUUUUCUUUUUUUCUUUCCUUCUUUGUUAAGUUUCUGGGACUCACGAGUAGCAAAAAUGCUGUGAAAGUGUUCUGCAGGUGACAGGUGACUGUGCCUAGCACAAUUAAUUGUUCAGUUCUUCACAUGGCUUUGCCUACAUGCCGGUUACCACAGCCAGGCAGGGCAAGCCAGUGGAAGAUUGAAAUCCAGAUAGCUCAUUAUCUCUGAACGCUAAAUAGCUUUGAUCUCCAAGUUGUUAUUGCUUUCACUAUUAUUAUGACAGGAUAACCCCCCCCCCCCCAUAUCAAAGGAUGCAUUUUCCUUUUGACUUUUAAUAAGCUAAUGUCAAUGACAUCUGUUUCCUCUGAUCCCCAGCUUUGCUCAGGGCACACAGGGAGAGGCCCCCUGCUGCUUCUGGCCUCAAAUCUGUGAUUGCUGAAUGUGUCUCCAUCCUUGGGUCAUUCUGACUGGAGUUUCUACAGCCCACAGGCAGUGUCGUCACUCCCUGCACACCUGCAGUUAGCAAACGGGCAGCCAGAUGUGGGGGGUUUAGACAGAUGGUUUAAACACAACCUUUACUGCACAGCAGGGAAAAUAGAGCGCUUACUGGCUGCUCAAGUUCUAAAGUGAUCUUUGGUUCUUAUGGCAUUAGCAAAUAGCUUGAAAACAUUUCAAGGGAGUAGCAUUGGCUGUGCACCUGAGACAUCUGGCGACAGAAUGCUUUUCUCUCUGUGGGCAUUGUCUUUGCAGCUUCCCGACUGGCUGUAUGCUAACAUUGAGUCUUUGCCACAUCCCUGAUGUCUUGGGAGAAAGGAAACGGGUGUGGGGUGUACUGCUGGAAUUAGGUUGGAGCCAGUGUGGAGCAGAGCCCAGCAGGAUGGGCCAGGGUUGGCCAUGCUAUGCAGAUAUAAGGAAUGCUUGGCUUGCCUAGGUCCCCCCACCCACUCACCCAAUCUAGCAGUUCCUAGUAGGCUGACCCAGCUGGGGAGGGUUCCCACAUUCAACUGCAGGUGAAGAAACCUAUCUUCAUUUGGAGAGACAAGUCAUCCCAAGAACCUUUUCCAUGCUACAGCCCACAGUGAAGCUGUGGCUGGAGGAGGCAGGCUAGCUAACUCAGGUCCUAGGGCUGGUGCUGGGGAUAGCCUGCCAAAGGUCAUUCCACCUAUUAGUCCCAGUGUGGUUGUGUGCCAAUUCCAGGGAGUUUCUAUGACAACCUUAAUGCUUAUUAGGAGCACUGUCAGUUUUGUGAACAUAUGCUCAGAUGGAGAGCUGGUUUGCAGGGAAAGGGCUGGUACAGUGUGUAGCAAGCUGGAAUGGACAGACUUUCUUGGCUAGAGUCAUAUCCGUUAAGCAGAAUACCUCAACGCUACAUGUUUUUGUUUUUGAGACAAUGUUUUUAAGGUUUUUACCCCUUUGUUAUUUGCAAGCAGAUACCUAAGCUGUUUUUGCAAGCAUAUACUAUGUUUUUCAAAGUUUUAUAAUAUGUUUUUUUCAUCGCUGUUUUGGGGAACCACUGUUUGCUUUAAAGUGAAAACUGUAACUGUUUAAAAUAAAUACUUCCUAAACUGCA